AUGACCGCGGUCGACGGGGAGGCCUGCGCGGUGGUCGCGACGGCCGCCGACAUCAUCUGCUCUCUCCGUGGCGCGGACCUCGCCGGCUGGACCCCGCCGUGGCGCAAGCACGAGCCCGCCUGCGACGGCGGCCAGAAGGAGGGCGGCGGCGACGACGACGACGACGCGCGGGAACUGGCCUGGCCCGCGGUGGCGCGCGGGAAGCGCUCGCGGUCCCGGCGCGAGUCUCCGUCGGCCUCCGCCGCCUCCGCGGACGCGAAGAAGGAGAAGAAGAAGGCGAGGCGCGGCUCCCGCGGCAGCCCCGCGUCGCCGCUCGACUACAGCGGCGGGUCCGGCUCCGGCGCGUCCACCAGCGGCGGCGAGGACGGCGCCUUCUGCUCCCAGCCAGAGCCACCAGCGUUCCCGCCGGCCGCCGCCGCCGCCGCGUGCCAGCAGCUCGCGGCGCCCCCGCCCCCGCCCCCGCCCCCGCCCCCCAGCAAGGUGGGUGGCGUCGCCGGACGACGGACGAUCCUCCCGGUGCCACCACCUCGGCCGGCCGGACAGCGGGCGCGGAAGAAGAUGAGGCUACCGGAGAUCCAGCAGAUGGUGCGGUCGCUGUCGGUGGAGAACGAUGCCCUCCGCAAGGAGAUGAAGGCGUUGCAGAGGGCUUGCACGGCGCUGUCCCAAGAAAACGGCAAGCUAGAGACAAGGCUCGAUCAGUCCAGUACGCUAAACGAGGUAAUCUCCGUGGAGAACAAGGGGAAGAAGCCACAACCUGAGCAUCAGCACACAGCUGAGCAGGAAGCUCCGAACGGCUUCGUGCUCCCUGACCUCAACCUCCCUGCAGACGUCUGA